AAAUAUCAGUAUAGUUGUUAUUUAUUAUUUGAGAGUCUAUCAAUUAAGUGAUGAUUAUGCGCGUUUGAUUAUCGAAAGAUGGAACCUACACAAGCAGUGCAAAGUGAAGUUAAAUUGGAAUACUAUCCAAUGGAUUACUCUUCUCCAGUAUUGGACCUUACUGUAAGGAAGCGCAGCAGGACCCCAGAAAUGCCGUCGUACCAAACCAGCAGUCCACAACACAUCACGGAAUCGCAUCAAAGCAAGUCUUUCUGCGAUCCACCCACGACUGUCAUGAGCUCACCGAGCCCGACAUCUCAAUCUGGAAGCGAAUCAUCCGAGAUCUCCGUAUCCGACCAGUAUAAUCAGUACAUGCAAAACGCCCCGAAGAAGAUCAUCCGUCCAUUCAAAGCCUAUCCGAAAGAUCCACUUGCCGUAGCAAUUCCAACGGUUGCUGCUGAAAUCAUUCUGGGCCAUGACUCCGAUGAAAACUCCUACGCCAAUUUCAGGCAGAAGAUGUUGUCCAAGGUACAGAACCAAAAUAUGGGAACCAACAUUAAGAUGCGCAGAAACAAUCCUAAUGCUACCGGAACUCAGAACGAGGAUCCCACAUAUUGGGAGAAACGCAGGAAGAACAACGAAGCCGCGAAGAGGUCCCGCGAUGCCCGAAGGGCCAAAGAAGACGAGAUCGCCAUCCGUUGCGCUUAUUUGGAGCAGGAAAAUCUUAAAUUGCGCUAUCAGCUCGCUACUAUGGAAAAUGAGAACAAACAGCUGCGCGUUAUGAUUUACAACGAAUAAGUGUCCAUACGUUUAAGAAUUUUGUGAUUGAUCUCGUCAUUAGUUUAAGCAUAU